GCCGUUUCCUAGGAAGGUAAUGACUUGGACAACAAGGACUUGCUGCCACUCUUUCUGGGAUGUGAGAAGGCUUGAAGAUGCAGUGGACGCCGGAGCACGCCCAGUGGCCCGAACAGCACUUUGACAUCACCUCUACCACUCGAUCUCCUGCCCACAAAGCUGAAGCUUACCGAGGCCACUUGCAGCGCACGUACCAGUACGCCUGGGCAAACGACGACAUAUCUGCUCUGACGGCAUCCAACCUACUAAAAAAAUAUGCAGAGAAGUAUUCUGGCAUUUUGGAAGGCCCUGUGGACCGACCCGUACUCAGCAACUACUCGGAUGCACCAUCAGGACUAGUGAAUGGUCGGAAGAAUGAAAGUGAACCCUGGCAGCCUUCCUUGAAUUCAGACGCUGUUUAUCCCAUGAACUGUGUUCCGGAUGUUAUCACUGCCAGCAAAGCUGGAGUCAGUUCAGCCCUCCCUCCAGCAGAUGUCUCUGCAAGUAUAGGGAGCUCUCCUGGGGUGGCCAGCAACCUGACAGAACCUAGUUAUUCGAGUAGUACCUGUGGAAGCCACACUGUACCUAGUCUUCAUACAGGGCUCCCGUCUCAGGAAUAUGCCCCAGGGUACAACGGCUCGUAUUUGCAUUCUACUUACAGUAGCCAGCCAGCACCUGCACUUCCGUCACCUCAUCCUUCUCCUCUGCAUAGCUCCGGGCUCCUGCAGCCGCCACCCCCGCCUCCUCCGCCACCAGCCCUGGUCCCAGGCUACAAUGGGACUUCUAACCUUUCCAGUUACAGCUACCCCUCUGCUAGCUAUCCUCCUCAGACUGCUGUGGGGUCGGGGUAUAGUCCUGGGGGUGCGCCCCCUCCUCCUUCCGCAUAUCUGCCUUCAGGAAUUCCUGCUCCCACACCCCUGCCCCCCACCACUGUUCCUGGCUACACCUACCAGGGUCAUGGUUUGACACCGAUCGCACCCUCGGCUCUGACAAACAGUUCAGCAAGUUCUCUCAAAAGGAAAGCUUUCUAUAUGGCAGGGCAAGGAGACAUGGAUUCCAGUUAUGGAAAUUACAGCUAUGGCCAACAGAGGUCUACACAGAGUCCUAUGUACAGAAUGUCCGACAGCAGCAUUUCAAACGCAAAUCGGGGGAAUGGCUUUGACAGAAAUGCUGAAACAUCAUCCUUAGCAUUUAAGCCAACGAAGCAGCUAAUGUCCUCUGAACAGCAAAGGAAAUUCAGCAGCCAGUCCAGUAGGGCUCUGACCCCUCCUUCCUACGGUACUGCUAAAAAUUCAUUGGGAUCAAGAUCCAGUGAAUCCUUUGGGAAGUACACGUCGCCAGUGAUGAGCGAGCAUGGGGAGGAGCACAGGCAGCUCCUCUCUCACCCCAUGCAAGGCCCUGGACUCCGUGCAGCUACCUCAGCCAACCACGCCGUGGACGAGCAACUGAAGAAUACAGACACACACCUCAUUGACCUGGUAACCAAUGAGAUUAUCACCCAAGGACCGCCAGUGGACUGGAAUGACAUCGCAGGUCUCGACCUGGUAAAGGCUGUCAUUAAAGAGGAGGUUUUAUGGCCUGUGUUGAGGUCAGACGCAUUCAGUGGACUGACGGCCUUACCUCGGAGCAUCCUUUUAUUUGGACCUCGGGGAACAGGCAAAACAUUAUUGGGCAGAUGCAUAGCUAGUCAGCUGGGGGCCACGUUUUUCAAAAUCGCUGGUUCUGGACUUAUUGCCAAGUGGUUAGGAGAAGCAGAGAAAAUUAUCCACGCCUCUUUCCUCGUGGCCAGAUGUCGUCAGCCCUCAGUGAUUUUUGUCAGUGACAUUGACAUGCUUCUCUCCUCUCAAGUGAGUGAGGAACACAGUCCAGUCAGUCGGAUGAGAACCGAAUUUCUGAUGCAGCUGGACACUGUGCUAACAUCGGCUGAGGACCAAAUCAUAGUGAUCUGUGCCACCAGUAAACCAGAAGAGAUAGACGAAUCUCUUCGGAGGUACUUCAUGAAACGACUUUUAAUCCCACUUCCUGACAGCACAGCGAGGCACCAGAUAAUAGUACAACUGCUCUCACAGCACAAUUACUGUCUCAAUGACAAGGAGUUUGCACUGCUCGUCCAGCGCACAGAAGGCUUUUCUGGGCUAGACGUGGCUCAUCUGUGUCAGGAAGCAGUGGUGGGCCCCCUCCAUGCCAUGCCAGCCACAGACCUUUCAGCCAUUAUGCCCAGCCAGUUGAGGCCGGUUACGUAUCAAGACUUUGAAAAUGCUUUCUGCAAGAUUCAGCCUAGCAUAUCUCAAAAAGAGCUUGAUAUGUAUGUUGAAUGGAACAAAAUGUUUGGUUGCAGUCAGUGA